ACUAGUGAGUGGUGGAGGAGGGCACCAGAUAUAUCUCAUUUCUCUUUCUUACCAGUGCGUUUGAAUCCUCUCUACCUGCGCGACGUUAUCCGUUCUUGCCGCUGUGCCUCCGCGACGCGACCUCUUGAACCCGUCGUCUCGUUCAUUCUAAAAAAAUAGUGCAUUAUUUAAGUCCUGCCUAUAUUCACGCUCUUCGAGUGCAUUUUUCAUAUUCUAUUGUAUUCGUAUUCAAAUUAUCUAAGUGAACGGAGUGAUAACUCUAAAAAAAGUGUAAAUAAACGAUUAAAAACCAGGAACGUUGCGAUUUUCUGAAGUUUUUAAUACUGUAUGUACACGAGUGUUUUUAUAGCGGGAUUUUACUUUUUCAACCGGAUUAUUUAAGGCUUUAACGUUAAUGUGUCGUUUCAGUGUUAUUAGACGUUUCUUGCUCAUGGAAUAAUAAAGACGUUACUGAACCGGACUGCAAAACUGAGCUCUGCGGAGCUGUCGGUACAGGGAGACGAUUACACGCGGAAGAUAUGGCACAUGUACGCGACAUUUGAGGAAUUGGUGGACCAUCACACUGGAGGCGCGAAGCCAAAAGAGGAUGGCGGAUUCAAGGGAAGCUCAAGCGGAAUGGGGACGCGCCCGGAGCCGCAACCGCCGCCAGUGGCCCCGCAGUCGGCGCCACCUCGCGCAUCCAUAGGAGGGAGCUUCUUCGAGCUGAGCGGAGCCGGAACCACAGGCGACGCCGACGCCGGCGCCUCCAUGUCCCCGCAGACCUCGUCCCUCGAGUUCUUGGGCUCCGGAUCCAAAGACGACAUGAGCUUAGAGUACCGAAAGCCGCACUACCGAACCCGCUACCGCCGCGGUCGGAAGAGACUCGGCGUCUCGAACCCCCUCCUGGACACGAUCAGCUCCAUCAGCUGGAUGCAGCCCGACGACGAGGGGGGCUACGGAAGCCACGGAUCCCACAAGAAUUUCGGGCCCAAGUACAGCUCCGACUUCGACAGGGACUCCAUCAGCUACGCCGGCUCCAACUCCAUCGACUCCGGCUACAAGAGCUACUGCCCCACGCCGGAGCCCUCGGAGGGCCUCUACUUCGAGAAGCGCGGCUCUAUAUCUAGUCAGUGUUCGCAGAAGCCGCGGAUACCAAUGGGCACGCGGGUCCUCAACCGGAACUCCAUGCCGCAGUACUACAGCACGGACGACGAGCAAGAGCACGACUCCAGCCUCAGCUUCCGGCACAGUUUGCUCAGCGUCGAGUCGGUCGGAGCCGGCGCCGGGAGCGGAGUCCUGCGGCCGCGGAGUCUGAGCACGAGCAGCGCGGGCGGCUACCGGCGACCCGUGAGCCCCGUCUCGCAGAGGUCGCUCCGCACGAGUUGCCCGAGCUGCCCCAGCUCCAGAACGCACAGCCCCUGCUACAGCGGCGCCAGCGGCAAGAGCUCCCCGCUCUACCACCGCACCAAGCUACCCUCCGACCACGCAGACGUCGGCUACCUCUUCAGCAAGCGCAUCCAAGACGACCAAGUCACCGCUCUUAUCAAUGUCCUAGAUGACAGCAACCGUUGGACAAGUGUCGCUCGGGUCAAGAAUCUUAAAGAUAAUUGCCGAAGUCACGAGUGCUCAUCGAGUAGCGAAAGUAGCUGCCCAAGCCCCUCCUCGAACCUGCCACCGGGGCCGGAGCAGUUUUCGGACGUGGCCAGGUGCAUCCUGGAAAUCGUGGAGGACCUCCAGAAGUCCGGGAGCACCUCCAUAGCGGGGGACACCUCGCCGCCGGCCCCGGCCCCCUCGCGGGGGGAGCGACCCUCGUCGGUGUCUUCAACAGGGUUACCAACUCUAGACUACCAUGUAUACGAAGAGAUAAUGUAUGAUUUGAUGACGUCACAAGCCAAAGCACAAUCGGCUCCGCCACCCUUGCCGGCGCGACCGGAGACUCUGCGCAAGCAGGCGGUGCCCCCGGGGCCAGGCACCUCGAUCUCGGCGUACGCGCAUUCCAUGACCCGUCAGGCGAACCAGAGGAGCAAUAUAUACUCCAUUUUCCGCGACCAAGGCGUCAGGAGGGGAAUCAGCGAGUCACUCGAGAUAGAGGCUCAGCGACCCCCAGCCACCACCUCCACGUCCACCCGGAGACCAGCACCUCACCCACCCGACUUUCUAACCGAUGACGAAUAUGGAUUCCUUGCUUCCAGGAUUGACCUGAAUUUCUGAAGCUCGUCCCGCUCAGACUGCCCAUUGAAACUGAAAUGAAGAAAGAGACUGCAAAACUUCAAGGACUCGAUCGAAAUUCGACUUGAAUUUUUUGAAAAUGUAUCACCUACAUUUUUAUAUCGGCUAUAAGUUUUAUAACAAAUUAUUGUAAUUUAAUAUAUGUAGUCAUUUUUCAUUGCGUUCGUUGUAAGAGUGGUAACAUAGGAUGAAUUUUUUUCCUCGCCCCUCACCCUCGUGUCCCAUCCUUACAAUUUUUAUGAGCUCCCCCAUAAAUUCCGAGUCCCUGUGUAAAAAUAUUGUUACUUUCAUUAGUUGAUGCUUCAAUUUUAUGAUAACUUUUUACGAAGGUCCUCCGUGAAAAUUUUUGUAUGCUUACUUCCUUGUUCCGUAAUAUUUAGCCAAAGAUAUUUCAAAGCCCAGAAAAUUACAUUCAGAGAAGACUCUCCGAAGAAUGCAUGAUUUGCACUGGAAACGGAUAAAUUCAAAAUGCCUUAAUCCUAUUCAGCCACAAAAGAUAAAAAGAAGCUAAUAUCAAUAUAUUGUAUGAUAAUAUUGGCGGAUGGUGUAUGAUAUCAUUAAAAUCGAUAUCCAAAAUCUCCAUGCAUCUCCCCUUGGAAUCUUAUUACACUGACAGAAUUGCAAAAUUAUAAAUAACAAAGGUAAGAGUCUACGAUUAAUAAACUUCCAGCUAAAUAAACAAAUCCUCUGACUUUAUCUCGGAAGAAAGAAGUAAAAAAUACCGUAGCUACGGUAUAUCAACCGUAUAGAUAGCCUUGGUCAUACAAUUCCAAUUUACUCGUCAAUGUAUGUAAUGGAGUGAGGCAAAAUAUGCCCUAAGGUAGUGGAGAAAAAGAGAGGUAACUAUGCCACAAAUUAGAGGAGAUAGUUCUACCUCAUUAGACUUAAAGCAGGAGCAUCAAAAAUUUCAGAAAUUGAACCUUUUGAUAAAAAUUCAAAGUUUCAGGAAGCUAAACGGUAGAUUCGAGAAAAACGCUGUGGGCGUUUGCCGGUGCUGUCAUCACCCUGCGAAACGAUUUGCUGCCGUGCUAUGGAAAAACGCCGUAUGAACCUUCAAGAGUUGCCAAAUUUCCUUUGGUAAAUCACCAAUUUUUGGGAAAAUUGUUAAAGAUUUUUCCCCCAAUUUUCCCGAUAAUUUUGAUCUCAAAUUCACCUAAAGUUCCUGAAAAUUUCGAGGAGCAAUAUUCAUAACUUCUUUCACAAGUAACUAUUUUCUAAGAGGAAAUUUGGCAACUCUUGAAUGUUCAUACGGCGUUUCUCCUUGGCACAGCAGUAUACACCUUUCAGUUUGAACCUCGCAGAGACAAAGUAUCCUUAUCCCUUGCGACAAGGUGGAGAAAUGGUGCUGGGUCCACACCAUUUCGCGGGAAAAACAAAGACAAGAAGUUCCAAAAAUUAUAAUUAGGGUCAAAAUUAAAUUUUUUUAAUCAUUCCUAGCGCUUGCAAGGAUCUACUCCCAGGAUCUACAGAUGGCUUUUACUCAAGCUUCGUGAAAAUUAUCAUUCUUGUGAUUCUAAUAUAAAAGAUCUCAUUAAUUUCCCUUAAUCACGAUGUAGAAUUAAUAUGUGAGGCCUCCCUGGGGAUGGAGCUAUUCAAGGGACGACCAUUCAUACGGCCCUUAACAUCGCAGUAUUAACGCUAGGGCGGUGGAGUGCGUUCAACUGUUUCUUGCAAUCGAAAUUCCUCAUGAUUGAUGAGUCAUUAAUUGAUUUAUGAUCUAUUAAUGGCAUAAUCGUAAUGAACUCCUCACAGAAUUCGGAAUCGAGGUUACGUUUAAUGAUCUACAUUGGAGCAAUCGAAAAUCGAUUUGUCGAGUGUCGCAAUGACCAGUGGCGAUUCUUGAAAGUUGGCAACACUUUUUUUCCUCCAUUUAAAUGUCUGUAAGACUCCUGGUGAGGCAGCUUGCCUCAUCUGAGUCGAUAUUUUAAGUGGAUUCCAAUGGAGAAAAAACAGCGAUGCCAACUUUCAAGAAUCGCCACUGGCAAUUACCAUGAAGUAUCCACUAAAUCAGUGUACCUGUAAGGAAGCUGCUUGACCUUAGAUGUAGACUUAGUUAUGCCAAAAGGAAUUUUGUGCAUAGGGUUUGCAAGCAACAUAGUUCCUCUUUGCAUAAGUACGUCUAUAUGUUGACGAGUAGUCGCUAGUGUGACCAAAGCGCAGUCUGAUGACGUUGGUUUAUUGCGUCAGAUGUAAUUGUAAAAAAUUAUAAAUAACCCGACAUUUCUUUCUGUCUAAGUUCAAUCGAUUUCAAAUAUUAUAUAACGAUUAAAGGUUGGUUGGGUGAAUGUCCUACUCAGUCCCUCCACCUUCCCGGAGGAUUCCGUUUCACAAUUUAGUAUUUUCAAUGUUUAGGUACAUUUUUAAAAGGUACCUAACAACAACAACAACAACAACAUUUUAGAUACAACAUUUCUUAUGUAAAAUGAUUUUAAUUGAAAGGGGCAAAAAUACACUCCUACGUAAUAAUAGAUCAGCUUGGCGGAAAAGAAAAGGACGCAAGGCUGAAGAUAUUUGCAUCCUGUGAUAGCUUGAAACGCUAAGCUGUUAUAAUCGAAUUCGGGGUUUUAACUACUUAGGUACGUAUUUGAUUUUUUUCCGUUCCUAUUUCAAACGCACACAACGAAAACUCCCUUACUUUCUUCUCUAGAGCUCUGAAUUUUUAUAACUUUAGAAUAAGAAUUUGGUUUCACAAGCACUGUUCAUUCAUCAGUUGAUCCUAUACUUGUAAAAACAAAUUGACAAACCGUGAUCACUUGUCCAUGCAGAGACAAUUUUUUCGGAACAAUAGCAGUUACCUGCAUUGUAACAUCAGAAAAUUUUUGCAAGCAUUUAACUCCCACAGGAGAAAAUCCUCGCAAAUAUUCUCGGGAAAUUUUAGUAAAUUUUGUCAAUGAUUGAAAGCAACUUAAUUUCAUGUUCAUUUAUACGAAAGAACACGAUAGCAGCUUUUCCGUCGGCAAAAAAAUAAAUCACUGAUUGGACUCUAAUGAUUGGCGAUAGGGCAACUCACUUAUUAUGGCUAAAGUCGAAAUAUACUCAAAGGUUUAUCCACACAAUUCAAUGGAUAUUUUGGAUUUCGAGUCUUUUCAAAAAAAUAAAACAUAAAAUGAGAUACCGACGCAUCUUUCAACUUUAGCCAUCGAUAGGUAUACCUACAUCCAAUUCUGAAUCACGCCAAGACAAAUCGCCAUUGGACCGUAAAAUAUUUUAAAGGCUUACUUUAGCGAGCUUUUUGGUGGGAAUGUGGGCCUUAAGUUUAAAACAAAAAACUGCCAUUUUACAUAUUAUUAGAAUAGAAGGGAAAGACACGUCGCCUUUCCCCAGCAGCCAACCUGUUUAUUAUGGUAACUCUGUUUUUGUAAAAAAAUAAAAUAUGAAAAAAAAUAUAAAAAAAAAUACUUGUGAGCAAACUCAAUUAUCUUGUGCUUAAUUUAUAUUAAAUCGUUUGUUACAUCGUCUGUUUUAAAUAUUACCUAUGUACACGCAUUUUUAGAUGUCUGUUUUGACUCAACUUCAGACUUAAAAACUGUUGAAUGAAAUAAACCAAUUUGUAGUAAACUUCAA